ACCAAAAUAAGUAAAGCCGUCAGCCGGUAAACGUACAUUUCGAAAUAAAACAAAAAUGCGCUUCCUUGUCGCAUUCGUGCUCAUCUACAUUGCAUACUAUGUUGCUGGCAUCGGUGCUGCACCACAUCCACCGGCCACAACCAGUGCGCCGUUGGUCGCUAAUCAGGCCACUUAUGACACCAGAUUCGAUAACAUCGACCUGGAUGAGGUACUGAGUCAAGAGCGUCUACUGCGUAACUACAUCAAAUGCUUGGAGAAUACUGGUCCUUGCACGUCGGAUUCAAAAAUGUUGAAGGAGAUACUCCCCGACGCUAUAUCAACCGAUUGCGUCAAAUGCUCGCCGAAGCAGAAGUCUGGCUCAGCGAAGGUGACGCAUUUCUUGAUCGACAAUCGGCCGGAGGAUUGGGCGCGCUUGGAGCAGAUUUACGAUCCGCAAGGCAGCUACCGCUUAGCUUACUUAGCGGAGAAGGCUAAGAAUGGUGAUGAUAAGCAGAAUACUACGGAAGCGGAAACUAAGGCUUAAGUAAAAAUUUUCAUUUUAUGACAACUUGGCGCGGACUUGGACACUAAUGGACUUUCCACAACAACGUUGUAAUAGAAAAUGUAUAAUAUUUAAUUAAAUGUCAAAAGUAUUUCAAUAAAAAUUGAGCAAGUGAGUAUUUCGGCUGUCGCUGAGAGAACUUUCAUCACCGCA